CGGGUUGUGGUCAUCCGCUUCGGGCACGACUGGGACCCCACGUGCAUGAAGAUGGAUGAGGUCCUGUACAGCAUCGCCGAGAAGAAAUGGCAAAUUAAAGGGGGAGAUCCUACCUCAUCCUCUUGUUUACAAGCCAUGUUUGGAUCUCUGCUGUUUUAAAGAGUUAAAAACUUUGCUGUUAUUUAUCUUGUGGACAUCACAGAAGUACCAGACUUCAACAAGAUGUACGAGUUGUAUGAUCCGUGUACCGUCAUGUUUUUCUUCAGGAACAAACACAUCAUGAUUGAUUUAGGUACAGGUAAUAACAACAAGAUCAACUGGGCAAUGGAAGAUAAGCAGGAGAUGAUUGACAUUAUAGAAACUGUUUAUAGAGGAGCCCGCAAAGGUCGAGGUUUGGUGGUAUCGCCGAAAGAUUAUUCCACUAAAUACAGAUAUUGAUGUUUCUUUGGGCUGCCUUUUUUCAUAAUCCUAUGUCCACUUAAAUUUAUUUCUGUGUAUGUGUGUACAUAUAUGUAUAUUAAAAGAAAAAAAACCUACAAGUCCUUGAAUUUUGAGCAUAAUUUAAAUUAUUUAAAAGAUUUUAAUUCUGUUUGAGAAGUAGAAGCCUCAAACCCUGAAACUGUCUUGGCUGCAGUAAUAUUGUAGCUGAAUUUUGGGGUUUUCUUUUUUAAAGACUUUCUCCUUUGUUGUCCUCUUGGUAUUACAUAAUUUUGUAUACAAAAAGCCUGUUUGCAGAAAAAUAUUUCAACUGGUUUUGUUUGCCUUUAUUACACAAAUAUCUGAGAAAACUAUAUUAUAGUUGUUUUUUGAAAAAAAGAAUAAAGCUGAGUUGCACUCAAGUUUUUUCAGUUACAAGACAAAGAAUUUACUUCUAUUACCAAGUGUGUUGUAGAGGAUUUAGAAAGUGUGAAGGAAGUAAAACAAAAGGGUCUCAUUUUCUGCUCAAGUUAAUCUGGGAGCGUUUUUUUUGGUUUUUUUUUUUCUGGUUUAAUUGAUUUUGGAAUAAUUUAUGUUGGAAGGGAC